AGUUCGGCGUUCUAGAAAGUGCGUCAUGAAGCACCCUUCUGAGUGACGGGCGGCUCUGAAUGGAGCUCGAGGAGGAAGAGGAGGGGGGCGCGUUUGUGAGUCAGAACGACGCAAGCGAAGAGGAGGGACGCGCGCAGCAGCAGCAACAGCGGAGGCAGGAGGAGCGGCAGCCGCAGCAGCAUCAUCCUUCUCAUCCGCUAGGAGCUCCAUCACCGUGUCCGUCACCCACGCAGGGCCGCAAACGAAACACCUACCUAGUGCUGAAAAAUAUUCGUUGAAAUAAACGACUAAUUCAGAGCCUGAGGCUUGUCGUCAGGCCCCUUGUUACAUUUCUGCAGCAUGACAAAGGAGGAGAAUGUAGAGGUAGAGGAGGCUCAGACAGCCUCUGACUACCACAGCCUGGUUUUGGAACCACGCAAGAGGCCUAUGGUUCACCCAUCUGCCCCAGCUCCACUCCCAAAGGACUAUGCCUUCACAUUCUUUGAUCCAAAUGACCCUGCAUGUCAGGAAAUCCUCUUUGACCCUCACACCACCAUCCCAGAACUCUUUGCUAUUAUACGGCAAUGGGUACCACAGGUGCAGCACAAAAUUGACACAAUUGGAAAUGAGAUCUUAAAGAGAGGCUGUCAUGUCAAUGACCGUGAUGGUCUUACAGACAUGACCUUACUUCACUACAGCUGCAAGGCUGGGGCCCAUGGAGUUGGUGACCCUGCCGCUGCUCUCCGGCUGUCCAGCCAGCUUAUUGCCUUGGGCGCUGACGUUAGCCUUCGUAGCCGCUGGACCAACAUGAAUGCACUGCAUUAUGCAGCAUAUUUUGAUGUGCCAGAACUUAUCCGUGUCCUGCUUAAGGCAUCCAAGCCUAAAGUGCUAAACUCCACUUGUAGUGACUUCAAUCAUGGGACUGCUCUUCAUAUUGCUGCCUCAAACCUGUGUCUCGGGGCUGUCAAGUGCCUGUUGGAGCAUGGCGCCAAUCCUACCGUCAGGAACGAUAAGGGCCUAGUUCCAGCUGAGGUGGUUCCUGAUCCUAUGGACAUGAGCCUGGACAAGGCAGAGGCAGCCAUGGUGGCCAAGGAGCUGAAGCAGCUACUGUUGGAUGCUGUACCACUUUCCUGCAAUCUGCCUCGUGCUACGCUGCCCAACUAUGACAAUAUUCCCGGAAACUUGAUGCUCUCUUCUCUUGGGCUGAAGCUGGGUGACCGUGUCGUGUUGGAUGAUAUGAAGACAGGAACACUGCGGUUCUGUGGAACAACUGAAUUUGCCAGUGGGCAGUGGGUGGGUGUGGAGCUGGAUGAACCAGAAGGCAAAAAUGAUGGAAGUGUGGGCGGGGUACGCUAUUUCAUCUGCCCCCCAAAACAUGGUAUUUUUGCACCUGUUUCAAAAAUUUCCAAAGCUGUUGAUCAGACCCCAUCAUCAGUCACCUCCACCCCAAGGACUCCUCGCAUGGACUUCUCACGAGUGACUGGCAAGAACAAGAAGGAGAAAAAGGAGAAAGAAAAAGAUAAAGCUCUGCGGAGCAAGUCUGUGUCUGUUGGAAGUUUGGACCCUGAUGGAGUCAAGGUGGAAGUGGGUGACCAGGUGCUGGUAGCUGGACAGAAACAGGGAAUUGUUCGUUUUUAUGGCAAAACAGACUUUGCUCCAGGAUAUUGGUUUGGCGUGGAGUUGGAACAACCAACAGGGAAACAUGAUGGAUCUGUGUUUGGAGUUCGCUAUUUCACCUGUCUGCCCAAGUAUGGUGUUUUUGCACCACCAUCCCGUGUGCAGAGAAUUGGAGGACCCAAGGAUUCCCAGAAUGAUGGUACACUGGUGAAGAAAGUUCAUCAGGUUACCAUGUCCCAGCCCAAGCGUAACUUCACCGCAGUGAGAACGCCCAAGGAUAUCACGUCAGAAAGCUCCAUAUCAAGGUUGCUGUUCUGUUGCUGGUUCCCCUGGAUGCUACGUGCUGAGAUGCAGUCCUAAUGAGAUACUUUUUCCCCUCCUCUUCCAGCUCUACGCCCAAUUCUCUCUUCUCUCAGUGUCCGUCUUUCAUUUCCGCUUCUCUCUUGGAAACAACUAGACUGUUGCCGUCAAUAUUGCCGUUGUAAACCUACACACCCCGUCUCUGGUCGCAGUCCUAUAGCAAAAUCUAGUGCCUUGUUAACUAACGUCCUGCAUUCCGUUUGUUACACUAACAUGUCUAAAAAAUGUUGGGGGGAAAAAAACCUUAAAGAAAGCAAAUAAUAUGUAAAAAUCUUUAGUUUUCUAAGUUUCUGACUUUUUCUUCUUUGGUCUUCUCCGCACUUGAUAUUCCCCAUGUAAAAUGUGACCAAAAUCAUUUAAAAAGUCAAACCACUGAGACAGCAUUGUAAUAAUAAAAACAUGAGCUUUCUUUUGUACUAACUCGAGGCAGCUUUCCUGCAGCUGGGCAAUUUGUUUUUGCUCGAUUCAUGCAUGUGCUGCUAAUAUUUUUGUUGCUGCUUCUCUGUUUUGACCUAUUUUCAAACACUGUCCUACAUGUAGAAGGUUGAAUCUUAUUAACCUCAGAAAAGGCCAAAAAUCCAGUCAGAUUCAAUUUGACAGUAUCAGUUAGAUGAAACUGGUUCACUGCUCUUAUCAGAUUUAUUAAUUUCCGCGUGCAUCUAAAAUUCAGCUGUGUGAAUAUUUAUCUCUUGCAGUUGCAAAAGAAAACAGCGCAUUUAUCCACUUUUUUCCCUGGGAACAAGUUUCUGACAUACUAUUCAGUGAGAAGUAUUUUGAUUUCUGUUCCUGUAAUUAAAAUAUUUGAAACAAUUUUACUGCACUGAAAAAUAACUGGUUUGGACUUGGUUUUGCCAGUAGCAUUCUAUUCUAAAGAAGUUUUCAUUCAUUGAAUUUGACUCGUUCUUAUACAGCCUAGCUAUCCCCCCUAUGCCUAGCUCUUGUGUUACACCUUCAAUUUGUCACCAAAGUUGCCAGUGGUAUAUGUGGUUUCUGUGGCUGCUUGGCUCUCUGCAUCCUGAUGCACCGUGCAUAAGAGAACAGCUGACUUCCCAGUCGGUUUUUAAACUUAAAAUAAUGGUGUCAAUUCUUGACAUAGAUGAAACCAUUAAGCCAUCAGUGUAUUUGCAGUUAUAAAGUACGUUUUUAAACCAAGUUGUAAACUUUGUCCAUAGAUAACUUCAGACUGACACAGCUCAAUAAAUAUUAUAGCAUUGCUUUACUUGCUUGUCUUCCAUCUUGGCUGUUCAAAUUCAGGUGUGGUCCGGUUAGGUGUCAAUGUAGUUAUCCGUCUUGGUACAUGUAGUCGAUUUCUGCAUGCUGUGUUUACCAUGAGCUUGUUGACAAACAGCAUUUUUAGUCUAAUUUCCCACCCGAUUGUCAUUGUAACUUUAGCCAUGCAA